AUGAAGUCCUCACACCUGUUGGUGGUUUACCUGCUUUCCUUCUUCGUCCUGCUGGCCCACUGUGACAAGUACCACGGAGAAUAUGAGGAGUACGAGCCCAAGCAUCACGACUAUCAUCACCACCAUCACGACUACCACCCACCGCCGAAGAAGGCCGCCAACGUGGACAUCACCAUCCCCAUCGACUUUGGAACCAUCGCCAAGCUUGGCGUGAUUGGUCUGACUCAGCUGAAGCUCCUGAGGGCCCUGGGUAAAGUGGCGGGGGCGGGGCUUGGCGUGUCCGCCCUGGGCUUGGGGCAGUUGGGCAAGAUCGGCCUCAAGGUGGCGCCCGUGCACAAGGGCUCAGGAAUCGCCAUCGACAUUGGUGCAGGACACAGCGCCAAGCACUACGAGGAAAAGCACUGCAGAUAG